AUGCAUGUCUUCCACUCCAUGCCAGGAAAUGUUAGGACGGCAGGGGACCCUGACGAGAACCCUGGGAAGUACAAAGAUCGGCGAGGAGUUGAAGAUCGGGCUCAAGACCUGUCAAGAUCGACGAAGCGCGCGCGCGCCUGCGCCCGACGGUGCGCACAAGCCACCCCCGACGACCAGUACAAAUAG